UCACACCCGCCAGUCUAAUGACCAGCGAAACUCCAAGCGCUGCGCAAAAUCAGCCCCAGGCCGCUCCCGCAGCUCAAAACACACAGCAAAAAGCUGUGCAGGCGCAGCUUUCCUACGCCAGUAUCGCCAACAAGACAUCGGCCGCCCAGCAGUCGCAGAAUGCAAGCAAACUGAAGACCAACGCUCCGCAAUCAUCGUCCAAGCCAUCCAACAUGCAGAAUGGCGACCACGGCAGAAAGCCCUCAGUGAUUAUCAGCGCCUCUGGCACCACCGGACAGAUCCCCAACGGCGGUCCUCAGACGCAGUCCUCGAGACCAAACAUCAACUUUGGCUCCAUGAAUGGCCCCACCGGCUCUCCUGCCAUCGCGAGCAGCGUCCCCGUCCAACAGACCACCCCCAACCUCGCUGCCGCCAACCCAAACAUAAUCUCCCCCUCGCACUCACCUUCGCCCAUCCCUCAGCCCGCCGCCAGCGGUGGCAAGCCUCCGGCCAACCUCCCCGGCCAGAGCAAUGCCCCCAACUUCGGCAGCUUCGGCGCAGAGAACGGUGAAGUCAGUCUUGACUCGAUCCAUAGCCACGUAGCACCGCAGCUGACCCAUGUCGUACAGAACAGCGCAGCUCCUCUGACUCCCUCCAGCCAGCCCGCUCACAUGCGCCGCCCUUCCACACAGUCACAACACAGCGACGCCGGUAUGCGCAGCAACUUUGUGCCUGGCAAUGGCCGUGGUCGCGGUUUCACUCCCGGUGGUUACAACCCUCACUCGCCCGCUCAGAGUCACCGCCCGUUGCCUUACCAGCAACGCGGUCCCCCUAACAUGCCUCCCCAGGCUGGCAUGAACCAGUACGGUGCCCCUAUGGCCGCCUCGCCUGGUGGCGCCUACCGCGGCAGAAACGGCAGUCCCGCCAUGGCACACGCACAGCCUUUCAUGCCCCAGGCUAUGCACAACCAGCAAAUGUACCCUGGCCAGCCGCACCUCAACCCUCAGCAGCAGGCCAUGUACGGCAUGCAACCUCCUUACGAUGCUUACAGUGGNCUACUACCAGCCCUUCUAUCCUCAGGGCGCACAGUACCAACAAGUUACGGCGGACCACCUGCUCACAUGAACUCUCCUUAUCACAACCCUAUGUCUCGUAGCGGCUCCCAGAUCUCCGAACGACCCGGUUCAAGCGUCGGUCAGCCUACCUCCUCGGCCCCUGGCGUCCCACAAGCUACUCCCGCUCCUGGCACACCUACCCCCGUGUCCUCCAACUUCCAGAUUCCGACCAAGACUAAGAGCAAGGCCAUUGUCAUCAAGAACGACAAGGGUGAGGAGUUGACUUUCGACAAGAAGCCCUCGCCUGCACCCCAAUCGCCCGCCAUCGUCUCAUCCGCCCCCACACCUCCUCCUCGCACUCCCAGCGUUCAGCACAACCGCACCGAGAGCAAGAGUACAAAGACUGAUGCUGAAACCAAAACUGCUUUCCAAGAGCAGGUCAAGCGUCAACUCGAGGCUCAACGCGCAAAGGAAGAGGCUGAGAAGAAGGCUGUCCAGGACAAGGAAGACGCCGAUAAGAAGGCCGUCCAGGAUAAGGAAGAUGCCGAUAAGAAGGCUCUCCAGGACAAGGACGAUGCUGAGAAGAAGGCUGCACAAGAGAAGGAAGAGGCAGAGGCCAAAGCUAAGAAGGAGCAAGAAGAAGCCGAUGCCAAGGCUGCAAAGGACAAGGAAGAGGCAGACAAGAAGGCCGCCGAAGAGGCAAGCGCUAAGGAGGCUGCCGAUAAGGCCAAGUCCGAUGAAGACGAGGCUGCCCGCCUGAAGCGUGAGGAAGACGAGCGCAUCGAGCGCGAAAUUGCUGAGAUGGAAGAGGCCGAACGUCUUGAGGAGGAGCGUGAGCGCGCUUACCAAGAGAAGAGGGCCAAGGAAAAGGAGGCCCAAGCCGCAAAGGACAAGGAAGCCGCCGACAAAGCUGACGAAGAGAUGAAGCGUCUGGAGCGCGAGGCUGAGGAGCUUGAGCUCAAGAAGGAGAAGGAACGUGAGGGUGAAGCAUCCACUGAGAAGACCGAUGAGCAGAAGGCCGAGGAUGCAAAGCUCUUUGCCUCUCUGAAGAAGCCCACUCUUGGCCCUGGUGCUACCGAGGAGGUUUCUGCACCCGUCGAGCCUGCACCUGCAAAGUCCAAGCCCGCCAACCUCAAGCUCGAUACCAUCAAGAACGUCGAGCCUGCACAGCCCACUGCUGGUAUGCAAUCGCUCAAGUCUGCCCGUUUCCUUGAGAUCAAGAGCGACCAAUUCAGCUAUCCCGAGGGCUUCAAGUCUCCCAACCCAGCUCUCAACCAGACUGGCAAGCGUGUUGGCAAGGAGUACGACAUGGACUUCUUGCUCCAGUUCCAGAGCAUCUUCAAGGAGAAGCCUACUGUUGACUGGGACUUGAGAGUCAAGGAGACCCUCGGUGAGGGUGAAGGCUCCGGUCGCCAGAACAGCCGUGGUGGUGCAAGCAUGGGCGGUCGCCAGCCCUCUAACAGAGGCCCUAGCCAGUUCAGUGCCAUGGGCAACUUUGCUAGUGGAAACACUCGUACCCUCCCCGCCGGCACUACUUCUGCCGACCGCUUCAACGCCUCUUCUGGAAGAGGUGGCCCUAUGGGCAUGGGACGUGGUGGUGCUUUCCCUGGUCAGGGUUCUCUCAGCCGCACCAACUCUCUUCAGACCAUGGCUGGUAUGGGUGGCCCUGGUUCGCCUAGAACUAAUACUUCUCGCAGAGGAGGUGGUAGCAAGCGUGGUAACCCCUCUCGUCACCACGAGAGAGAAGAUGCCAACGCUGCCAAGAACAUGCCCCUUACUGCUGGCAUGGAGCUCAAGCCUCUUGAGAAGUCGCAAAGUGGAUGGACUGCCCGCAGUAUUGGAGCACCCGCCGCCGCUACUGCUGCACCUGCUGACGGUCAGAUGCCUCCGGACAUGGUCCAGCGUAAGGUCAAGGCUGCUUUGAACAAGAUGACACCCGAGAACUUCGAGAGAAUUUCUGACCAGAUCAUCGAGAUUGCCAACCAGUCGAAGAAGGAGAGUGACGGCCGUACCCUGCGCCAAGUCAUUCAGCUCACCUUUGAGAAGGCUUGUGAUGAAGCUCACUGGGCUGGUACAUAUGCCAAGUUCUGUUCAAAGAUGUUGACCAGCAUGAGCAACGAGAUUGUUGACGAAACUAUCCGUGACAGAAGUGGUCAGCCCGUUGUUGGUGGUGGUCUUUUCAGAAAGUACUUGCUCAACCGCUGUCAAGAAGAGUUCGAGCGUGGUUGGGAGGCCAACCUUCCUCCCAUGCCCGAGGGCAAGGAGGCUACUCUUCUGUCCGACGAGUACUACAUUGCUGCUGCUGCCAAGAGAAAGGGUCUCGGUCUCAUCCAGUUCAUUGGUGAGCUUUACAAGCUCGGCAUGCUUACAGUCAAGAUUAUGCACCAGUGUGUUUUGAGAUUGUUGAACUUUGAGGGUCAGCCUGAUGAGUCCGCCGUCGAGAACUUGUCUAAGCUUCUUAAGGCUGUUGGUGCCACAAUGGACAGCACCGAACAGGGACACCAGCUUGUCGAUGUUUAUUACCAACGUGUUGCUAGUAUCCUUGACCAACACAAGGACAUGCCUAGCAGAUCAAGAUUCAUGCUCAUGAGCAACUGGAAGUCCAGGGAUGCUGACAAGGGUCCCAAGACAAUCGAGGAGAUUCACGCCGAGGCUGAGGCCGCACAAGCCGCUGCCGAACUCGAAAGACAGCGUAACAACAGCAACCGUGGUGGUCGUGCUCCUAUGGGCCGUGGUGACGCCCGCUCAUUCUCUGGACACGGCGGCAUGCCUCCACCAGACUACCCCCGCAACCAGGUCGGUAUGGACGAUCUUCGUCGUCUGCAGGCCCGUGGUUCGCAGCGUCAAGCCAGUGCUGGUCUUGGUCCUCAGCUCGGCCCCAGCUCGCUAUUUAGCAGCUCGCGCAGCGGUAGUGGUCGCAAGGGUCUUGGUCCUCCUAGAGAUGGCGAGGGCUCCGGACCUACAUCCAGAUCCGGCACCCCCUCACAGCAGAAGAAGGAGGAGACAACACACGUCAACGCCUUCAGUGCACUUGCCGCCCUUGAGAACCAAGAGAACGAAGGCGCUGACGAUGUGGCAUCACCGCCAUCAAACGCUGGUUCGCCGCCCGUCUCUAAGGCGACCCCUUCCAUCGAUGAGGCCGCCUCAACAGACGCA